CUUGCCGUCUACACAACUGCUUCUCUUCAACUACUCUCUAGCCAAUUCCUUUCUAGUCAUUCGCUCAUUUCUUAUAUCCCACCUUACUACCUUUGAUCAAUAGUCAACAUGUCCAAGGAGAAGCACAGCGAGACUACCUGGGCCAAUGGCUUGUUCGAUUGUUGCAGCCCCGGUGGGCUUUGCUUUAAGACGACCUUUUGUCCCUGCAUUACCUAUGGAAAGACUCAGCACCGAAUGAAGCAUGGCAAUUUGAAUGACUACUCAUGUUGUAAUGCAUCUUGUGUCAUCUUCGCUUGUCUUGCGCACUGCGGCCUUACGUGUAUCCCCACCACGAUGCAACGAGGAGACAUUCGCGAAAAACAUGGCCUUGAGGGUGGUUGCUUCGGAGACUUUUGCAAGUCUUGCUGGUGCAAUUGCUGCGUCUUGAUCCAGAAUGAGAAGGAGUUGGCACAGCGCGAGGCCCUCUUGAAGGGCUCGUCCGAGCCGUACAGGCCCAAUCCCGGCAUGGUAUACUCAGACGCAGGCGCACAUUAGCUGGAGCAUUCAUGAAGUCCGAUAUCUAAAUUGAGUUAUAUCCCUGCCAUUGGCAUAUAACUCGUUGCAGAUGAUUGGAAUUGAGAUAUGUAUGUGUGGGAAGACGACACUUGCAACGCAUGCAGCUCAACGCAAUCAGAUCCUCGUCCACUCCAGAGGAAUGGAACGAGGCACAGAAUGGCAGACACUUUCCGAUACCCCAAGAGCUGGAAUAUUUUUACAGGGCAGUGGUUUUUAUCAAUUUUUAUAAGCGCGAUUCAAUUCAAGUUAUUUCCUCGGUAUAAUUGCUUCAGUUACAUCUUCUCAUGAAGAUGUAUUGUAGAUCAAUAGGUAGUGUCAAGUAUCCAACUACAGGUAACGAGAACCUGC